AUGAAUCUAUCUAUCUAUCUAUCUAUCUAUCUAUCUAUCUAUCUAUCUAUCUAUCUAUCUAUCUAUCUAUCUCUAUCUAUGUCUUUUCGUUUAUUCUUCAUCUAUCUAUCUAUCUAUCUAUCUAUCUAUCUAUCUAUCUAUCUAUCUAUCUAUCUAUCUAUUUCUACAAUAUUUCUCGGGGAUUCAGGCCGACAUAAUUUGACUUUUCAUUAUUUUUUACACAAAACUGCAUUUUCUAAUUUCUUUUCUAAUUUUUUCAUUUCUUUCAUUUUUUUUUUUUUGUUUAUUCUUGGUUUUCAUUUUUUUCUUAUCUUCUUUUUCUUUUUUACUUUCUUAAUUACAUUUUCCGUCUCUGUCUCUUUCUUCCCCCUCUUUUCUCCCUGUCUUCCAAACAUAUCCUCGAACCCACAAUAUUCUUAUCCAAUAAGUCUCUUCCGGCUUUGCUAUCUAUCUAUCUAUCUAUCUAUCUAUCUAUCUAUCUAUCUAUCUGUCGAUUUAUCUAUCUAUCUAUAA